GGCUCUCUACGAAUAUUACCCUGGACUACUUAUUAUUAUAAACUAAAAUAUCUAAUAUAUCACAGGUAAUUGUUUCUUGCGUAUGUAAAACAACUAUAAUAAAUACAUUCUUUCUGAGAUGUUAGACAAUUUUUUCAUAAGGUCAUGAAGGAAGUGACAGAGACAGACAUGACAGAGUAACCGGAAUAAUAUUGGCAUUCAGUCGGAAAACAGUGCUACCUCCUGCUAGGUAUUCUCAUUUUUGAAAUGAAUUCAGGUGUCAGGAAAUGAAUUUAAAAGACCUAUUGAGGAAUUGAGACCAUGUUUACAGUAUCAGUAUUAUUCACCUGUUUAACAUGUUUAAUGCAGUUUAUCUCAUAUGGUAGUGGAUGUGGUACUGUCACUCACAUGUUAAUCAGUGGGAGAGCUAGAGAAUUUUAUGAUGCCAAUGAUAAAUAUAAUAAUUAUAGACAGUUAUUGGACAAACAUAGAGAUGCAUUACAAGCAGGAAGUGGUUACCCAGAUUCAUUUUAUGGUCCCACUUGUUUUGGGGAUAAAUUCCACAAUGUGUCAGAAGAUACACACUGGACUCCCUUUCUGAAUGCAUCUGUGAAUUACAUAAGACGGACGUAUCCACAACCAUGGGAAAUGGAAACAGAGAAAUUGGUUGUAUUUUUGUUUGGAAUUGUAUCUCAUCAGACAGCAGAUAUUUUAUGGCAUAGUCUUGGUAUAGCUCAGGGAUUUCUAACCACAAUGGGAGAUAUAAAUUUCCAUGGAGAUUACACGUCUGCUCACCAUUUUGGCGACCUUGGUGGUGAAUUUGUGAGUCUUAUAGACUUAGAUGCUGAUUUAGUAGUUGACCUUAAGCAGAAAUGGUACAUACCAUCAAAAGAUCUAUUCAAUAUUUAUAGAGAAUUUUAUGGAACAACAAAGAUAACUCUGUCAGAUAUAGAAACUUGUUCUUCUUGGAUUCUACUAGAAGGUGUAGGAGAAGCACUUGCCAAAUCUGAGAUAUAUUCAGGUGUUGUUGAUAGAAGUCCAUUUCUGGUAGAGGAAAUGGAGAAUUAUUUUGUUGGUGGAGUAAAUGAUAUGGUUGGAUGGACACAGAGAAGUUGGAACAAUGUUGUCACAAUGCUUAACAAGGGAACUGACGUUUGCAACCUGCCGUACAAUCCAUUAUUUGUAACUUGUAACAAAAGUUCAACAUUUUUAAAGUAUAACCAUGAAGAGAAAAUCAGAAAUGGUUAUUAUGUGAACCGUGGUAAACAUGGAAUUACACAGGAAGAUUUUAACAUCACUAAAACAGCCAGAGGGAUAAUAAUUGAGUUAGGACAGAAACUGAAGAAUGAAAUACAGUGGAAAUAUAAAGAAAUCAGCAAACUUAAAAGAAAGCUUUUUAGGGAAAGAAAAAUUGAAUCAGAAAAAAAGAAACCGAAUAUACCAACUAGAAAAUUGCUGGUAAAUGGAUCUUAUGCCAGAUUUGGAUGGUCAAUUUCUUCAGGAGACAUAGACAAAGAUGGCUACACUGAUGUUGUUAUAGGGUCUCCUGGUUACAGUCAUGUAAACAACUGGCAGACAGGAAGAAUAUAUAUUGUUCAUGGCAGUGAGUCCAGAACAGAUUUGUUUAAUAAUGAAGCUAUCAAUUUGGAUGAUCAUAAGCUGGAACAGCUAAAUGUCUCCUUUAUAGAGGGUGCUGACAAGAAACAGUCAAGAUUUGGCACCAGUGUAACUGUUCUAGAUAUUAAUCUAGAUGGAGUUCAUGAUAUUGUUGUAAGCAGUCCAUCUUAUUGGAAUGACAGUCCCCUGGAUUAUAAUGGCUUGGUAUCAGUUUAUCUGGGCCAGUUGAACAAGAGACAGUACAGUAAACCAGAUGUUGUUAUUACUUGUAAGGUAAAAUAUUGUAACCUAGGUUAUAGUUUAAACAAAGCAGACGUAAAUAAUGAUGGAUUCCCUGACCUACUUAUUGGUUCACCAUAUUAUACAGCUGGAUAUGAACAGAGUGGAAUUAUUGCUGUACUGAUGGCUUCCAAAAACAUUAAAGCCAAAAGUGUCUAUGAAUUUGAAAAGCUACAGACAAAACUGUUACCAGAAAAGCAGCAACCUUAUGCAUGGUUUGGACAUAGCAUCACAUCCAAAGGAAAUACAGUAAUGGUCAGUUCACCCAAUUACAGAAAGUUUUUCUUAUCAAAUUGUUCUUACUCUCAGAAUGAUAUACAAGUAAUAGGACAAUCUCACAUCUUCAGUUUUGACAAGAAACAACCAAAUUUAACCCUAACAGGAAGCUCCGUAUACCAGUCAACAGGCUACAGUGUUGACAUAGGAUUCCCUUACGAUAAAGAGAACUUAGUUCUUGCCUACAGUAUACCUGGCAAUGAUGUUGAUGGUAGAUUUAACUAUUUUACUGAAGAUAUUUACAGAGCAGGCAGUGUUAUAUUAGUUAAUUACACAAGUAAAGAUGGAAAUAUUUUAGCACAGUUUGAUGGCAACAGAAAAUAUGCAAGAUUUGGACAAGAUGUUAAGUUUUGUGACUUGAACAGUGAUGGUUUUGAUGAUUUGAUAAUAAGUGAGCCUAAUCGAAUAAAAGAUAGAUCUGAAUGGCAGUACAUCAAAAAUGGAAGAAUAUAUGUGUUUUAUGGAGGUAGCCAGAUGCCAUCAGGAAAAGCUACAUUUUCCCCAUCAUGUGACUUAGAACAGCCCUGCCCAUUCAACGUGGCAAACUUUACAUCAGACUCUUUAAAUGAGCAAAGUAAUAAUGGACAUUUUGUUUAUAAUGUGUCUGACAAACAUGGGGUAUAUUUAUAUUCAGCUGAUGUAGCUUCUGAUGCAGGAUUUUAUCAUCAUGGAGCAGGAAGACGAUCUGGUGUGGUUUGGAGAUAUUAUUUCAAACAUUAAUUGUAUAGCAGUUAUCCAGGGAUGAAGAUGACAUAACAGCCCGUCAUCAUCAGAGUUAACACUAACAUGUAAAAGAUGUCACCUCUGAUGAUUAAUUAUCAUUGAAAUUGCUACUGUUAGAUAUUGCCAAACUUAUCUCAUAAUAGAGGCACUAUAGCUCAAGGUCAUAAAACUUUACUCAGAUUAACUCAGUACAUUAUUUGUACUUGAAACAAGUCCAGUAUUCUGAUCGGCUGAGUUAGAUAAUUGUAUUUGAAAUGUUUAUAUCUGCUAAGCCUGGACACAAAUUUGACUCUAUCUAAAGAUCAAGCCUAUCAAUGUUACAUCAUGAGUUUGUAAUGGGUGAUGGAACAAAUUCUUCAUCAGUUGAGAUUUUUUCAGGUAAAACAAGAGAUACUCAGGACUUCUCUCACAAGAGUUGUCUCUCCUUGAGAUUUAUUUCAUAGCUUAAUUAAUAGUAUCUUUAUGAAAUAAAAUCAUGCAGCUCAGUAUAUAGGCAUAUAUAUUGAUAAAUGGAUAUUUUUUUAGAUAAUGGUACAUUCUAUUAAAUAUUCUUUAUUUGACCAGUACUUCAAGCUUUUCCAUUUAAGAAAGCAAAUUGGUAUAUAUUAUUCGUGCAAUUUAGAA